CGUACGUUCCUUUCUAUUUGAAAAGUCAAUUGAGAAGAACCCUUUGCCUUCGUUAAAAUAUGUCCCAGCAAUGUCAUGCACCGAAAAACUCGUUUUCAGCUCUUUUUCCAUUAACUCUUUAAUCAACGCUGGUUCGAGGACGUAUAACUGUUCUGCGUAUCAACCGACCACCUUUCCCCAGGAUAGUAGAAUUCCACACUUUUGGAAAUCAGUGUCAGCUCAAUCGAAGUCAGAAGAAAUGAGCCAUCACUCUCAGCAACACAGUAUGGGUUUGCCUCAGCAUCAAUUUCACUCGGGGAUGGUGAAUUGGACCGAACCUUCCAGACCCGGUCGCACGAACCAUGUUACUGACUACAACUACUUGGCGUCUAACGUAAAAGAGGACUCCGCUUAUUUCUUUUUUGACACGGAAAAGCAUUCAAAGCCAUUACCCGAUGUUUCCGCAUUUACCAGGUUGAUGUCAGAGAUGGGUUCUAUGAGCAGCGCUGCAGGACCUAUCCAAGGGCAUUUCUGUCCAGAUCUGCCCUAUGCAUCGAUUAAAGGCGUCGAAUGCUCCAGUCGAGAGUUACCCACUGUCGAACAUCCAGUCUCGUCACAUUCAGGCAGCUGUCAACUAUUUAAUCUAAACUAUCCACAAGGUGGCUCGGAAUCAAGUAGAAAAGGCACAGAUGAUUUUAUUUCUUGUACCUCUGUCUCCCUCCCUCCUAAGGCCAAUAACAGCACAAAAAGGGACAAAGCAGCUGCAAUGCAAGACACUUCCUCAGUAGAUUUCCCAGAUGAUGACACAACAUCAACUCAAGACACGCAAGAAAACACACAUGGAGAAAAUGCUCCUGGAAACUGGCUGACAGCAAAGGCCGGAAGGAAAAAAAGAAGCCCUUACACGAAACACCAGACUUUGGAACUGGAGAAGGAAUUCCUGUUUAAUAUGUACCUGACUAGAGAGCGCCGCCUAGAGAUCAGCCGCAGUGUGAACCUCUCGGACAGACAGGUCAAAAUUUGGUUCCAGAAUCGGAGGAUGAAACUGAAAAAAAUGACCCGGGAGCAAAGAAUCAGGGAUGUACAAACACAUUUCCCCGUGUGAUAUGAAAGGGGAUUAAAAUGAUGUACUUAAAAUCAGAGAGCUGACAAGUAAAGCAAAAAAUUUCCAUAAAACGAAUCUUGCUGCUCUUGUGGAAUUACAGCAAAAAACAAUAAUAAUAAUAAUGUAUAAGGAUAAAUGGAUAUAGUCUGGUUAUUACCAGGUCUCAUUUUGUUCUGCAUAUGAUCUGAUUCAUAUUCCAAUUUUAGUACGUCUCUUUUAACGGUUUCCUCAUUUAGAAAAGUGCCAUGUUGCCUUUCCACUCCCAUUUUCGAAAAGGUAUAUUGAAUUCUGCACACAGAGGAUGCAAUUAAAAGGGCGAUUCUUGAAAACGUGAGUUACCUGUCUUAAAUGUGACUUAUUCUACAGUUGAUUGAAUCAUAUGGUUACGGCAAAAACAUUCCUUAAACGUGCAAAACCCUGCUUGUAUUCAUUGUGGAGAAAACUGAAAAUGCCUUGGGUCGAGAUCACGUGUCUUAAGACCCCUUGUUUAGCGUGGCCAUUUUUUUUCCUAUUGUAAGACUGGAAUAUCAUGCUUGUGGGAGUUUUCAUACGGUUCACUUUUUAUCAUAAAUGAGUGGAAACUAAGAAUUCAAUUACUUUAAAACAUCGUAUGUACAGAUUAAUCGUUUUAUGUCUAUCUUUGUUUGAGCUCUAAGCAUGACUCCGUUUAUUAGUUUGGAUGAUCGAGUGAAUCCAUUCGUGUCCGUUAUUACCUGAUUCGAUAUAGUGGAUUAUCAUUAGUAGUAGUAGUCGUAGUAGUACUAGUAAUAUGUAAUUUGCGUUUAAGAUGAAAUUUAUAGCCAGUUAGUUGUUAUUAAAACACGAAAAAAGAUUAGAAAAGAAUGAAACCCUCUACUAUGUGCUUAAUUUAGUGAAAGGCUCAUUAGGUAUAUUGACAGGUUAAAGCACAA